GACUAGAUUUUUCAAAUGGACUUAUGUUAAAAUUAAGUAUAACAAAACAAUCAUUACGACAGUCGAUAACCAUGAAAAUAUGAAAUCUACAAAAAUUUAAUUUGUCUAAUCACACAACAAUUUUAAGCGAAAAACAAAUUACAAAAUACGAAACAAAACUGGAUUAACUAUGCGUUUAAUUUAAAAUAAAAAAAAUGUUGCAGAAUAUAUCGAUAACAGUUAACAACGGUCGCCUCUAAUAAUAAUAAUACGCAUAUCAUUGCGUUUGUUUCUCUUUUCGUCCAAAUGUGUAUAUUUCCAACUGGUGACAAUGUACCGAACAACGAUAAAAGGCGUAUACGUGUGUAUUUCUGUGUCCGUGAGCGUGCGCGCGGUGUGUGCGUAAGAUCGCGCACGAACGCGCGUGCGAGUGCGUGCACUCGAGUGGGUACAAAACGCGUAGAACCGAAGGGAUCCCUGGGUCCACGCCGUCAUUGGUCAACUCGACUACCACUCCCAAGUGCCCCUAUUGGUCGCGUCCCACGUACACACGCGCACGGACGGCACGUCAUGCGCGGCACACGAAUGGCCCAAUGCAAAAACUUACAUCACAUAUUAUUAUUACUUUGAACUUCACUCGGUUCGAACACGUACGUCGGUGCGUCGCCACAGCCGUUGUCGUAGCCGCAGUGCCGUCGCCGCGUACGAAGUCCAAAACCCGUGGUAAAUCGCGUCGUCGUGGUCAUCAUCGUCGGUCGUGCAAACCUCAACACAAUCUCGAAUCGACAGCGACCGGAACCCGUAGUUAACAUCGCACGGGCUAAACUUUCGCGUUCCUCUCGUCCAACCCCGUGUCGAAGUCGUCGCCGUCUAAGUCACCGCCGCCACCAUCGCCGCCACACCACGCUGCGGAACUCGUGUUGAUCGUGCCGAAGGAGCAACUCGAAUGCUUUAAGUUGCGCGCGUUCAAUUUAACCCGCGUUACAUGUCCGCCGUCGUAUUCGCUUUUUAAAUUGCCCUUAAACGAAGUUUAUUUAAUAUAUUUGGUCCUCGUGUGUGGCGUCCUAAUUCAGCCCAUCAUCGCUUCAAUUGUAGACAAUCAACAGAAAUUAACAGCGCGCGUCAACCCCCUCCGCUGCAGCAGCUGCCGGGUCACUCGGGCCAAUUAAAAUCUAUACAUCCGACGACGCCGCGACCGCCGUCACCGCCACCGCCGCAGCCAUCGUCUCCACCACCGUCGACGCUGCCGCGGGCGGAACAUACCUAUCGAUUUCAAAUCAUCGGUCGCGCGCUUUCCGGCGCCAACGAUUCCGCCCCGGGGGGGAAAAGAAUCUGCAACGGAGAAUCCGACGGGAGAAACGCUUUUCCCCUCGUCCGCACCCGGUGACAUGGACGACGGCGCUUUCGACGAGUCGAUGAUGUUCAACGAGUUCCACCAGAAACCCGGGUCGCCGGCGCACCACCAUCAGCACCAGUCGUUGCUGGCGUUCCAGCAACCCGGCGACAUGAUGGGUUACUCGCUACCGGUGCCCGACCACAUGGAUAUGCACCACCAUCAUCAGCUGCAAGACAUGGACAUGCACCGGCACCAUCACGGUGGCAUCCAAGACCCGAUGCAACAGCAGGAUAGGCAGCUGCAGAUCGGCGACUCGCAGGAUAUGUUUCAGAUUCCGGUCACGUCCACCGCUCAGUCGCAGCCCGCGGACAUUGCCGGCACCAACGGGCAAAAGCUCGGUAUCAAAUUGGAACUGGACGCAAAUGCUUUACCGACUGCCUGUCAACAAUCAUCAGGACUACCAACAACCGAACAACCGGCGCCUAAGAAGUCAAGCUCCAAGUCGAAAAAUACUGACAACAACGGCACAAAAAAGAAAAAGACUAGAACCACGUUUACGUCUCAUCAAUUAGAGGAAUUAGAACGAGCGUUUGAAAGAGCUCCAUAUCCCGAUGUGUUUGCCAGAGAAGAAUUAGCUUGCAACCUGAAACUCAGUGAAUCCCGGGUACAGGUUUGGUUCCAAAAUCGCAGGGCCAAAUGGAGGAAGAGGGAACCACCCAGGAAAACCGUUUAUCUGACCAAUUCUGUGUUCCCGUCCGGGUCUCCGGGAUCGUCGGUGAGCUCGACGUCGUUCACCACAUUGACAACGUUCGGCGGCAAUGUGUCGCCGUCAAUGGGCACAUGUUCACCGGUCACACUGAGCGGCUCGGAACCGUGGGGCUACGGCGCGGCCGGUUACGGGGAUCUCACACAUCUGAACCUGCUCAACAACAACGGAUCGUCGCCGUUCGCGCAGAACGCGUUCCACAACAACAACUUCGGCGCGCCGUACGCCACCCAGCCGCAAGACAGCCCGGGCCUGUUCUCGACCAGCAUGCAAUGCCUGGCCCGACAGGACAUGAUGGGCCCGUUGGAUCAGUCGCCGCCCGAUCGCGACACCUAUCACAGCCAUCAGCUCAACAAGCACGUAGUCGAUUCAUACGUGAUGAGUCAGGACAUGGCAGGACUCUUGCAACCGGACGCCGAUUGCGACAUCGUCGGAACCAUGGGAUACGAGGUGGAACACCAACAUCAACAGCAACAGCAGCAGCAGCAACAGCAACAGCAACAGCAACAGCAGCAGCAGCAGCAAACACAACCGCAACAAAGGGAGGAAGACAGGGAGGAAGAGACCGCGGUAAAAUUGGAGCCACCGUUCACGCCGCUGCCGCCUUUCAUCAACUGACACAGGAGGUUUCAGUUUGACACGUACGAGUAUCAAACUGAAUUCGAAUAAGAUCCGAUGAUAUCGUAAUUUGCGUUGAUUUUUAUCGUAGAACUCGCAUAAAAUUCGACUGCAACGUCAAUAUUGUGGGACCCACACUCGUACAAAAUAUAAGGGCAUACGAGUAAUUUCGUCGCAUCCAUAAGGCAAACUUAUGUCGGUAGACAUUUUCGUGUAAAUCGCUGCAAAAUCAAGCUUUAAUUCAUAUUUAUGUCUGUAUUAUAUAUAUAUAUAUAUUUUUUAAAUUAUAAUUCUAAGAGUAUUAUUAAAGACUAAGCAAAAUCGAUUUGCACGUACACAUAUAAAUUUAAAUUAAAUACAUUAAUAAGUUAGAUACAUACUAGAAGUAUAAAUUAUUUUAAUUAUAAUAUAAUAAUAGCAUAUAUUUUAUACUUAACCGGAACUGUACUCGUUCAGCGUUAGGUACUCGUCCAACGAAAAAUAGAUUUUUGUAUAAAUUAUAAAGAUAAUUUGAAAUUGGUAAAUAUAACCGUUUCGUACAUCUACAUAUAUUAAAUAUUAUAUUUAAGGAAUUAUUAAGUACAACAAAAUUGCAUAACUCUUCCAUAAUAAUUAGGUGUAUGUAAAUUAUUAUUGUGUAGGUACUAUUAAACUAUAAACGGUCUAGUGGACCAUAAAAAAAACGUGUAUUCUAGUUGUGCCUUAUUAAAUCUUAAGUAAUAAACCUAUAACGUGCAUAACACGUGUGGUUUAAUAUAUAUA